UCAAAAUAAACAAUCAAGGCAACUUUACUCGACACUUUUUCUCCGUAAAAAAUGUCAGAAUACGACCCAGAAAUCGAUCCGUGCAGCUCCAAAUUCAACCCACAAAAGGCCUUAGCUGCGAAAAACCCUCCGAUGACGCCAAAUCCCAAAGUUUUCGAUAACAUUCAAAUGUUGCGCGCUGCUGCCAACCGAAUCGACAACCAAUUCGAGACAAAAUUACUUUCCGACAACAUUUUUGUGCGUCGCGAAAAGCCGGUUGUCGAUCCAGAUGCCGUCGAACGUCGUUUCUUGCCGCAUCAGCAGCUCGUCGAGAAGAAAUCUUCCGCGAAAUUCAGCAAAAAUCUCCUAAAACGCAUCGAGGCCGGUUACGAAGGCCCCCUGGGAACGUUGAAAAAGUACAUGGACGAUCGCGUGCGAGUUCGAAUUUACGUGCGAAAAGAGCACGGAGUCCGUGGCACUGUCACAGGGUUUCUUGAAGCCUUCGACAAACACUGGAAUGUCGCAGUCACGGAGGUCGAAGAGAUUUGGCGUCGCCGAAAAAAGUGUGUGAGUGCGAGUAAUGUUGCUUUUGCGAACACCGUGGAUGCGGAAGUGGCGCUAACGAAACUGCGAAAAAUGGGAAUUGUCUUGCCAAAAAUGGAAAUUAAGUCGUUGGACAGGAAAUAUGUCGAAUUGAGGAGGAAAGUGGGACAAUUGCUGAUCAGAGGGGAGCAAAUUGUGUCAAUUGUGAGGGUUGACGAGCAAAUUACCUCUAAAAAAGAGCACUUGGGUUCCUGAGACGGAUCUUCAUCGUGAGUCAAAUCUGCAAAGAAACAAGAAAAAAAUAAAAGUCGUUAGAAAAUUGAAUCAAAAGCAUCAUGAAAUGAAAUAAAAACACCUUUCAUCCACUCGAGAGUAACAAUAAUACGCUUUUAAUCGCUUUUCAAGGCCCAACUCUUCAAUUGAAUAGCAAAUUUAUUUGCAAAUGAGCGAGUGUGUGCGAGCCGAUAAUCAAAUCAAUAGAAUUGUAAUAAAAUUAAUAAUAUCGGCACUCAAAGAGAAAGACGUGGCUGUACGUGGAUGUCGCUGCUCGCACCGAACGUCACACACAUAGAGGCACAUUUAAUUGCAAAGUCCUUCAUAAUGAAAAAUUACAGCAAUUAAAUUUUAAAAUAUACAUUACUCACUCCAUACCUCGAGCAUCGACAACGACGACGACGACGACAAUACGCCGCGCCGUAGCUGCACACGACACACGAAAAGUGCAUGCAAAAAAUAUAAAAAUCUGCAAUCGGAAAGUGUGGCGAUAUGGAAAAAAUAUGUCGAUUAGCUGUGUGUGUGUGGAGACGGAGAGUAAGAAGCACUCGCAUGGGACAAAGAAACAAUCGGUGAUUCAUUGAUCCCUUUCAACUUUAUGGUAAAAAGUUUGCGUUCUCUAAUGCCUUUCUAGCUGUCUAAAUGACAGGGAUGUGACGUUAGUGGGUUUGA